AUGGCAUUCAAGGCCCAUAGUGUUGAUCAAUGUCGGUGGUUAGGGGUCGCAGGGACGCAGGAGGUGUCGGUCGGGUCCGAAGUGGGCUCUGAGGACAACCUCGGGGCGCGGAUUGGAUACUAUCAAAAUAGCAGAGAUGGAGAAGGGAACGGCCGAGACUCGCAAAUAGGGGAAAGCAUGCUGGCUGAUAGGAUCCUGCUGUUGGUUUCUCAAUCUCUCAGGGCUGCGUUGAUAUUGAUCCUUCAAGGGUUGUUCUUGACGAGGUUGGAUUCCGAAAAGAGCGCGAACCGGUGCACCUGGCUCUCGCGGGCGAAGCGAGCUAAGGCUAUGGGGGCGUGCGGUGUCAGUGCGGACGUUUGUCAUCUGGACCAACGCAACGUCAGCCAGCAUUAG